AACUGUUCAGAAGUUGAUAAGAUUAUACUACUAGAGAGAGAGAGAGACAAAAAGUCAUCGGGUCUCUAAAUAGAUUCUCGCUGGAGAUAAGGGUAGCAAGGAGAAGAGAUCGAACCUGAUUCUCUCUCUGAGGCGAUGAUGGCCUAUUCUGGAGUCACUCAUCCUUCUCAGCUUCAGCUAUCGUGGGGGAGGAAUUUGAUAUUGGCGUACCAGAGCAUUGGUGUUGUCUACGGUGACCUCUCUACAUCUCCUCUCUAUGUGUUUCCUAACACAUUUAUCGGCAAGCUGCAGCAGCACAAGGACGAGGAAGCCGUAUUUGGUGCCUUCUCUCUGAUUUUCUGGACCCUCACGCUCAUUCCCCUUCUCAAGUACCUUCUUGUACUACUCAAUGCCCAUGACAAUGGACAAGGCGGAAUAUUUGCUCUCUAUUCGCUGCUUUGUAGGCAUGCUAAGCUUAGCUUACUUCCUAACCAGCAAGCUGCUGACGAAGAGCUCUCAGCUUACAAGUCUGAUCCCUCCACUGAUUCCUCCCCCUUUAAAACAAUCUUUGAGAAGCACAAAAGGCUCAGGACUGUCUUACUCCUUCUUGUCCUUUCUACUGCUGCUUCUCUCGUCAUAGGUAACGGGGUUUUGUCUCCAGCUAUAUCAGUUCUGUCUUCCAUGUCAGGUUUGCAAGCUACAGAGAAGAAAUGGACUGACGGCCAACUUCUGCUUCUUACCUGUGUCAUACUAGUUGGAUUGUUUGCUUUCCAACACUCUGGUACUCACAGGGUGGCUUUUAUGUUUUCACCCAUUGUCAUCAUCUGGCUUAUUUCUAUCCUCUCCCUCGGUUUUUACAACAUCAUACACUGGAAUCCCAAGAUCAUCUAUGCAAUUUCCCCGCUUUAUAUCAUCAAGUUUUUCAGAGUGACUGGUCAAGAUGGCUGGAUUUCUCUUGGAGGGAUUCUUCUUUCUGUAACUGGUACUGAAGCUAUGUUUUCAAAUCUUGGCCAUUUCACCUCUGUCUCAAUCAGACUUGCUUUCGCUUUCCUUGUGUACCCAUGUCUGGUUGUACAAUACAUGGGCCAGGCAGCUUUCUUAUCAAAGAACCUCGGGUCUAUUCCCAACAGUUUUUACAGUUCAGUCCCAGAUCCUGUGUUCUGGCCUGUAUUUGUUAUUGCUGCACUUGCAGCCAUUGUUGGCAGUCAGGCUGCGAUAACCUCCACAUUUUCAAUAAUCAAACAAUGCCAUGCUCUUGGAUGCUUCCCACGCGUCAAAUUAGUCCAUACUUCAAAACAUGGACACAUGUAUAUCCCGGAGAUCAACUGGAUCCUCAUGAUCCUGACUCUUGCAGUAACUAUAGGCUUCCGGGACACAAUUUUGAUUGGAAAUGCCUACGGACUCGCCUUCAUGAUAGUAAUGUUCAUCACAACGUUUCUCAUGGCUCUUGUCAUAGUCGUGGUAUGGGAGAAGAGUUGUUUUCUGGGGGCUUUGUUCCUUGGAAGUCUAUGGAUAGUCGAAGGUGCCUAUCUCUCAGCGGCGCUCAUGAAACUUCCACAGGGUGGUUGGGUGCCUUUGGUGCUGGCUUGCAUAUCAAUGACCGCUAUGUAUGUGUGGCACUAUGGUACUCGAAGGAAAUACAGCUUUGAUCUCCAUAACAAAGUUUCACUGAAGUGGUUGCUGGGACUAGGACCUAGUCUUGGGAUUGUCCGUGUGCCCGGAAUAGGACUUGUAUACUCAGAACUUGCAACAGGAGUUCCUGCAAUUUUCUCACACUUUGUGACCAACAUCCCGGCAUUCCAUAAAGUUGUGGUGUUUGUUUGUGUGAAAUCAGUGCCAGUGCCUCAUGUAUAUCCUGAAGAACGCUUCCUCGUUGGGCGUGUAUGCCCAAAGCCUUAUCGUAUGUACAGGUGCAUAGUGAGGUAUGGGUACAAAGACAUUCAACGGGAGGACGGGGACUUUGAGAAUCAGUUGAUACAGAGCAUAGCGGAGUUCAUCCAGAUGGAAGCAGGGGAACUCCAAUCUUCGGCAUCUGAGUCCCACCAAUCAUAUGAUGGGAGAAUGGCGGUGUUAAGUAGCGACAAGAGUCUGUCAAACUCAAUCCUGACGGUUUCAGAAGUAGAGGAGAAUGAUGAGACGGGGAGACAAAGCAGCAAAUCGAUGACCUUGCAGAGUUUGAGGUCAGUGUACGAGGAAGAGUAUCAGGAGGGGCAAGUGAGGAGAAGGAGGGUGAAGUUUGGGUUAACGGAGGCAAGUAGUCGUGGGAUGGAGGCGUCUGUGAGGGAAGAGCUAAUGGAUUUGAUAGGGGCGAAAGAGGCAGGGGUUGCAUAUGUAAUGGGACAUUCGUAUGUGAAAGCAAGGAAAUCAUCGACGUGGGUGAAGAAGAUGAUAAUAGAUAUAGGGUACUCGUUUCUGAGGAAGAACUGCAGAGGGCCAGCGGUAGCACUCAACAUACCUCACAUUAGCCUCGUUGAAGUUGGCAUGGUUUACUAUGUUUGAUGAGCCAAAAAAGAAGAAGAAGAAGAAGAAGAUCCUAUUAUGUGUCCUAGUGUAGCAUCUUCACCGAUGAUGCAACAUGGUGGGUGUAUGCUUAUUGUUGUUAUAUGUAUACUCCUUAUUAUGGGUCACACACACACCGCACUAUUUGUAUUUGUAUUUUGUUAUGAAUAUUGUGUGAUGUCUAUUAUGGAAUGUUCUAGAUUUACUUGUUCCCUACUCCAAGUUACUUGUUCCCUACUCCAAGUUAUUAGACUUUGUCUCCAAGCUAUGUAAUCCUAUAUAAGGAACUCAUUACUCAUGGAAUAAUAACAAUUCAUUCCUCUCUAAGUCAUACGACUCUCUCUCUCUCUCUCUUUAGUUCGAUCUAUUUCUAAGACAAGAACACUAGGAUUAGAACACGUUAUCAGCACGAGACUCUAAACCCUAGCUAAAAUUCGGCGAUCACAAAAAUCUUAAUUUCGGUCGUAACUUCAAACAGCCAUAUCUCCCUAACCGUAAGGAUCCAGACGGCGAGUAAUAUAUCAAAUUGAAGCUCUUGACGAGACGAAUCCAGCGCCGCAGACCACGCAUCAAUCCGACUCCAGACGCGCCGUCACCUCCCAGUGCAAGCCGCGCCGUCAAAGAUCAUCCAAAACCCUAAUAGCCGCCAACUCCUUAUCUCUUUUAAUUUCGAUAUCUAUUGUACUUAGAUCUCAUACUAAUCCAACUUUGAAACUUUCAUUGUUGAUUAUUAAAGGUUUCUAAAAGAGGAACCAAGGAGAAAAGAUCGGCAAAGAUUAAGGUAAGAUCUCAAGAACCCUAAUCUUUACUUGUGGUUCAAGCAAUUCGGAUUUCAAACUUCUCUUCAUCUUAAAUCCGAUUUAAAAGGUUUUGCGAUUUGAUUUGGUUGAUUUUAGUUCUUGUUUUAUUUUAAAAUCAAAACCCUAAACCCUUAAUAGUUUUACAUGACUUUAGUUUUGUAUGGACAACAAGUGAUACCCCUUUAAGGAUGACACGCUAUAUGUCCAAACAAAACAUAAGGUUAAUGUUUUCCACAUCUUUUGGUCGAUGAUGCACACCAUAGUGUGGCUAGACCAUGAUUUUCUUUUAGGUCAAUGAUGCAUACCAAUAGGUAUGACUAGACCAUAUGAAGUAAAGGUCGAUGAUACGUACUCUUAAGUACGAUUAGACCAUAAAACAAAAUCAAUGGUCGAUGAUGUUCACCCUCAGGUGCAACUAGAUUUUUCACCUGUGAUUCACGGUGAUCAUCCACAAUGAUCCGCGUUGAUCUAUGAUCCAUGAUGAUCCUCGAUGAUCUGCGAUGAUCUACGAUGAUCAGUGAUCCAAGGUGAUCCACGGUGAUCCUCGAUGAUCCACAAUCACCGGUGAUGGAUGAUGCGCACCACAGUGCAGCUAAAUCACGAUCCGUUUUAUUUGGUCGAGAAAGUGUACCGAAUGGUACUACUAGACCAUUAAACCGCAUGGGUCGAUGUAGCAUACCAUAUGGUAUGGCUAGACCAUGCACUCGUCCAUCCCACUAUUUUCAAGGGAUUUACAAAUCAAACAAGUUGAUUAAGAGAUUGAUGAGUUAUGAGAAAAUAAAUUUCUAAAAGAAUGCAAACUGGCCGUGUGGCCCUCUUAUUUGUUUGCUGGCCGUGUGAUCCUGAUUGAAUAAUAGCCGUAAGGCAUUGAUCACGCAAAGAUGGCCGUGUGAUCAUGAGUGGCCGAAAGGCAUUGAUUACACACACAAGCCGUAUGGCUUAUUGUUUACAUACUGGCCGAGUGCCUUUUAUUUCUUGGAUAGCCAAUGGCAUCAGAAAUUGUAUGUACUAACACUUAAAUCAUUUUGAUAUGAUUUCAGAUGUUGAGAUUCCAACCCAUGGACUAUGAUACCCUAGAUAUCUCUGGAGAGAACUAUCUAAGAUGGGCAAUAAAUAUCUCGGUUAUACUAACGAUAGAAGGUCUUAGUGAAUGUAUCAUCAAAGAUGAUCAUGGAACCGAGAAUGAGAAAUAUAAGGCAUUAACAGUAAUGCGCCAUCAUCUCAAUGUGGAACUGAGAAAUCAGUACCAAGAUAUACAAAGCCUUCGAUGCCUUUGGAAAGAGUUAAAGUCCAGAUACACUAAGGUGAUAUUACCAAAGGCAAGGCAUGAGUGGAUGAGCCUCAGUUUCCGGGACUUUGGGUCCGUGGAAAAAUACAAUUAUGCUCUAUCUAAAGUAGCUCAUACACUGAUGUUUUAUGGUGAAAAGUUGACAGAGGAGAAAUUACUUGAAAAAGUUUUCUCCACAGCAGAUCCAAAAGAUCUAUUCCUACAACUAACCUAUCGAGAUAAAGGUUUCACCACAUACAACGAUCUGUUCUUAUACUUAUCUCAAAAUGAACAGAUGAAUCAGAUGAAAGAUGAUAUGAGCGGCUAUGAGGCAGAUAGUGAUGAUGAAGAAUCCAUGGGAGCCACGUCCAAAGUAACAGAUGGAGUGGCCGGCUAGACCAUUGUCUAAAGCCUUUAAACAUUCUGACUUCAUACUUAUGAUUUGGUGUUUUGUCAUUCAAAAUUUCAUAGCAUUAAUAAAAGUUUUUCUUUUAUCUUCA